AUGAGUCAAACAAGGAAGAAAACUUCCUCAGAAGGAGAAACUAAGCCCCAGACUUCAACUGUCAACAAAUUUCUCAGGGGCUCCAAAGCUGAAAGCAGAAAACAGAACAAUGACCUUAAAACAACUGAUUCCCAACCCAGCGACUGGAUACAGAAGACAGCCACCUCAGAGACUGCUAAGCCUCUCGGUUUAGAAAUGGAAUUGAGAUCCAGUAUGGAGAAAAAUGAGCAUUUCCUGCAGAAGCUGGGCAAAAAGGCUGUCAACAAGUGUCUAGAUUUGAAUAACUGUGGAUUAACAACAGCGGACAUGAAAGAAAUGGUUGCCUUGCUGCCUUUUCUCCCAGACUUGGAAGAACUGGAUAUCUCCUGGAAUGAUUUUGUAGGUGGAACCCUCCAUUCCAUCACUCAGCAAAUGCAUCUGGUCAGCAAGUUAAAAAUCUUGAGGCUGGGUAGCUGCAGACUUACCACUGACGAUGUUCAAGCACUGGGAGAAGCACUUGAGAUGAUUCCUGAACUUGAAGAGCUAAAUUUGUCUUGGAACAGUAAAGUGGGAGGAAAUUUGCCUCUGAUCCUUCAGAAGUUCCAAAAAGGGAGCAAGAUACAAAUGAUUGAGCUUGUGGAUUGCUCCCUCACGUCAGAAGAUGGGACAUUUCUGGGUCAACUGCUACCUAUGCUGCAAAGUCUUGAAGUACUUGAUCUUUCCAUUAACAGAGACAUUGUUGGCAGUCUGAACAGUAUUGCUCAGGGAUUAAAAAGCACCUCAAAUCUGAAAGUACUGAAGUUACAUUCAUGUGGAUUAUCACAAAAGAGUGUCAAAAUAUUGGAUACUGCUUUUAGGUAUUUGGGUGAGCUGAGGAAAUUAGAUCUUUCCUGCAAUAAGGAUCUAGGUGGAGGUUUUGAAGACUCGCCGGCUCAGUUGGUCAUGCUAAAGCAUCUUCAAGUCCUGGAUCUUCACCAGUGCUCGCUAACAGCAGAUGACGUGAUGUCACUGACCCAGGUCAUUCCUUUACUUUCAAAUCUUCAAGAAUUGGAUUUAUCAGCCAACAAAAAGAUGGGCAGUUCUUCUGAAAACUUACUCAGCAGGCUCCGAUUUUUACCAGCAUUGAAGUCAUUAGUUAUCAACAACUGUGCUUUGGAGAGUGAGACUUUUACAGCUCUCGCUGAAGCCUCCGUUCACCUCUCUGCUCUGGAAGUAUUCGACCUUUCUUGGAACAAGUGUGUUGGUGGAAACUUGAAGCUGCUUCUGGAAACACUAAAGCUUUCCAUGUCUCUUCAAGUGCUGAGGCUGAGCAGCUGUUCCCUGGUGACAGAGGACGUGGCUCUCCUGGCAUCGGUCAUACAGACGGGUCAUCUGGCCAAACUGCAAAAGCUGGACCUGAGCUACAAUGACAGCAUCUGUGAUGCAGGGUGGACCAUGUUCUGCCAAAACGUGCGGUUCCUCAAAGAGCUAAUCGAGCUGGAUAUUAGCCUUCGACCAUCAAAUUUUCGAGAUUGUGGACAAUGGUUUAGACACUUGUUAUAUGCUGUGACCAAGCUUCCUCAGAUCACUGAGAUAGGAAUGAAAAGAUGGAUUCUCCCAGCUUCACAGGAGGAAGAACUAGAAUGCUUUGACCAAGAUAAAAAAAGAAGCAUUCGUUUUGACCAUGGUAGGUUUCAGUAAACUGAUUUCCCUUGUCCUGCUGAGCUACAAACCAUUCUCCGAAGGAAAAGAACAUGAACGAAUUCCAGAGUCAUGAACUGAAUUUCAACUUCUGGGCCGUUUAAUGGGACUUCUAU